GCCAAUCGGAGGCGGGCGGGGGGGCGGGACGCCUCGUCCUCACCGAGGCAACGGGCGGGCGGACGGUUCCGGGUGUGCGCGGGGCCGGCGGCGGCGGAGGAGGAGGAGGAGGGAUGAAUCCUCUCCAGAGUCUAUUUUUGGGUGGAAGGAUGCUCUUUUCCAGUAGAAGAUGGUGAUCCUAGUGUAUGAUCAUGGAGAAGGGGCUAAGUCCAGUAGAAGUGCUACCUUCCAAAUCAUCUCAGGUUACAGCUGUGAAAGUGGAGGUCAAAGAGCCUGAAACAAAGCAAACCCAAAGAGGAAAACGAGUGGGAUUUGUGCUUGUCCAUGCAGGUGCAGGUUAUCAUUCCGAAUCCAAAGCUAAAGAAUACAAGCAUGUGUGCAAAAGAGCCUGUCAGAAGGCAAUUGAGAAGCUACAGGCUGGUGCUCUUGCAACAGAUGCGGUGACUGCAGCACUUAUAGAAUUGGAGGAUUCUCCUUUUACCAAUGCAGGAUUGGGGUCUAACCUAAACCUUCUGGGUGAGAUAGAAUGUGAUGCCAGUAUAAUGGAUGGAAAGUCCUUAAAUUUUGGAGCAGUUGGAGCACUGAGUGGAAUCAAGAAUCCAGUUUCAGUUGCAAAUAGAUUGUUAUGUGAAGGGCAGAAGGGAAAACUCUCUGCUGGCAGAAUUCCACCUUGCUUUUUAGUUGGUGAAGGAGCUUACAGAUGGGCAGUUGAUCACGGGAUACCAGCAUGUCCUCCAGGUAUCAUGGCUACAAGGUUUAGUUUAGCAGCUUUUAAGAGAAACAAGAGGAAACUGGAGUUGGCCGAAAAGGUGGAAACGGAUCUCAUUCACCUAAAGAAAAGAAGACAAUCAAAUGAAAAGGAGAAUGACUCAGGAACACUGGAUACAGUUGGUGCAGUUGUUGUUGACCAAGAAGGAAAUGUUGCUGCUGCUGUCUCCAGUGGAGGUUUAGCACUAAAGCAUCCUGGAAGAGUUGGUCAGGCAGCUCUUUAUGGUUGUGGCUGCUGGGCUGAAAAUACAGGAGCUCAUACGCCUUACUCCACUGCUGUGAGUACUUCAGGUUGUGGAGAGCACCUUGUCCGAACCAUACUGGCCAGAGAAUGUUCAUGUGCUUUACAAAUGGAAGAUGCCCACCAAGCUCUCCUAGAGACUAUGCAAAACAAGUUUAUUGGUUCACCUUUUCUAGCCAAUGAAGAUGGUGUACUUGGAGGUGUGAUAGUUCUUCGGUCAUGCAGGUGUUCAGCAGAGCCUGCAUCAUCACAGGAAAAGCCGACUUUACUAGUGGAAUUUCUAUGGAGCCAUACAACAGAGAGCAUGUGUGUAGGAUAUAUGUCUGCACAGGAUGGCAAAGCUAAGACUCACAUUUCAAGACUCCCUCCUGGAGCUGUGGCAGGACAGUCCGUGGCAAUAGAAGGAGGAGUUUGCCGGCUGGAGAGUCCAGAAAGCUGAACAGCUGAUUCUUCACUUCAUUGCAAAGAAUGUGAAUGAAUUUUGUACAAUUAGUAUUUUGGUGUUUAACAGCUGUUGGAAAUUCUACUCUUGUUUUAUACUCCGUGUUGCAACCAUGUGCACCAUAACUUGAGACAAGUGCUGCCGUAGUUUAUGUUCUCACUCUAUGAACGGGGGUGUGUGCAUGUUCAUUUUUUCCUAAUAAAAUAGGAACUCUUCCCAGUUGUGCAAAGACUAUGUAUGAUUAAUGAUUGCAUUUUCAUUGUUUUAAGUUUGAAAAAUAACUGAAAGUUUUUUAAAAAAAAGUAAUUUAAUUUAAAAAUAUGGUCACAGCUGUCUUUCAAGUUUUAAAUUUAAAAGGAACAGGCCUUUGAAGUGGCUAUAUAAUUAUGCAAAAGUUAUUAUGGUUUCUAAGUUUCUCAGUGGUUUAAGGAAAUCCAGAGGUGGUUUGAACAUGGAUUGUUUUGUUCCUCUCCAAUAAGGAGGAAUUUUUUUUGUCAAAGAAUGGUUUCAGUGAAACAAACUAGAUCAAAAUCAAGACUAGAAUUGUUUUUAAAUAGUCUUAUAGGUCAUAUCUCUGUUUCCAAACUAAGAUGUUAAUAGCUUCAAGCUGUAUGUAUUACAAAAAAGUAUAUGAAGAUAACGUAUUGUAACGCAGUCUUUAUGUAUAAUGAGAUAUUACAAUGUAAAUAAGAAAACAAAGUUUAUGGAAAGAUUUGAUAUUAUUCUUCGCUUCUGUUCAAAUCUAUUUUUGAGAGGUACAGAAACUGAGCAUAUAAAUGGAUGCGAAGUGCAAUGUGUAUUAAAUGGCUGUUGGGAGGUAUGAUACUAGCUUUCUUAUUGAUAAAGCAACUUCCUGAAGUCCAGCCACAGCAUGGGUAUUUAUAUAAACUGUGUGUAAUAUGUAUGUACUGUGCAUAAAUUUACUGUAAUUCUUUUUAUACCUUCAACAAAACUGCAUUAUAGACCAAUAUAAUUCUUGUCUGCCUUGUGAAGCAUUGGCAGCUGAACUGUCUUUUGUCACCAGUUCUAAUACGUUAGCGAGCCUACCUGAGUCCCAAAAGUAAGUUCUGACAUACAAUCUUCCAUUCAGUACUUUUUUCUUCACGGCACUGGCAGCAAUAGAAGACUUUUGUAAUUGAUUCAUUGUCCUGAUAAGUAUGCCAAAGAGAAACUAAAACAGUUAAUCUUUUUCCCUGGUGGAUAUUUGAUAAUUCUGUUUUCAGAAAUAGUGGAUUAAUAGAUAUUCUGACUGUAUUUGCUUAAUCGGGCAUUGUAUUUGCCUGUUUUGUAAUGUUGUGCCUGCCUAUAACAAACAUACUUGACUGAUAACAUGGUUACAUUGAUUGUAGUACCAAUCUUUCAUGGAUAAAAAUCUUAAUAAAUUUUUUUUUAUAGUCUGA